AUGGGUGGGGUGACGUCAUCCAUGGCGGCGAAGUUCGCCUUCUUCCCUCCCAACCCACCGUCUUACAAGUUGGUCACCGACGAACUCACGGGUUUGCUUCUGCUCAGCCCUUUUCCCCACAGGGAGAACGUGGAAGUCCUAAAGCUGCCAACCCGCAAAGGGACUGAGAUUGUGGCCAUGUACGUAAGGCAUCCCAUGGCCACCUCUACACUUCUCUACUCCCACGGCAACGCCGCCGAUCUGGGCCAGAUGUAUGAGCUCUUUAUUGAGUUGAGCAUCCAUCUCCGGGUCAAUUUGCUUGGGUAUGAUUAUUCAGGUUAUGGCCAGUCUUCUGGAAAGCCAAGUGAGCAGAAUACUUAUGCAGAUAUUGAAGCAGCAUACAAGUGCCUCGAGGAGAGCUAUGGCACUAAGCAGGAAGAUGUCAUCUUAUAUGGGCAGUCUGUUGGAAGCGGCCCUACUUUGGAUCUUGCCGCCCGUUUGCCACGAUUAAGAGCUGUUGUUCUGCAUAGUCCCAUUUUAUCCGGCGUAAGAGUUAUGUAUCCCGUGAAACGUUCAUAUUGGUUUGACAUCUACAAGAAUAUUGAUAAAAUUCCGCUGGUCAGUUGUCCAGUACUCAUCAUUCAUGGAACUGCAGAUGAAGUAGUCGAUUUUUCGCAUGGAAAGCAGCUGUGGGAGCUGUGUAAAGAGAAGUAUGAACCCUUAUGGAUUAAAGGAGGGAACCACUGUGAUUUAGAGCUAUAUCCAGAAUAUAUUAGACAUCUAAAAAAGUUUGUCGCCACUGUCGAGCGACCUCCUUCUCAGAGGAUCAGUUCGAGGAAAAGCACAGACCAGUUUGAACCGUCCAGGAAAAGUACAGAUUUGUUUGAAUCUUCAAGGAAGAGCACUGAUAGGAGGGAAAAACCAAGGCGCAGUACUGACAGACCGGAGAAGUUAAAGAAUCAGUCUAGUAAUACGGACAAGCUUGACAAAUUUAGGAUGUCUUUUGACCAAUUGGAAAGGUCGCGGAGAAGCGUGGACUGCAUUGAGAAGUCCCGGAAAAGUAUUGAUCAUCAACUGGAAAGAGGUCGGAAGAGUGUUGAUAGGUUAGAUAGAAUACGGAAUGGAUGA